AUGCCCUAUUUAAUAAAACUUUUAUCUCCGUUCGCACGUUUUAAUGCAUUCCAAGAGCUAGUUUGGUUUGUAAGUCCAAAAGUAGACCUGGAAGAAUUGGAUUCAUUUAUUCGGCGAAUGGACGAGGUCUUUGGAGCGACAGCCACCCAAACAGUUGUGAAUAAUAACACGGAGAUGCGGAUGAAUCGUUCGCCAGCCCGAAGGAAUCACUUGAGCUUUGUCUUCACCACUGGCGCCGAUGACCCGAUCAUGAAUGUUUUCAAAACUGUACUACUUGGAAGACACUUCUACUUCUCGGUGAUAAUGUAUGUGUACAAAGUUAGUGAUAUGCAGCCUAUUAACGAUCUUCUGUUCUUCGCCUACGACCAACAAUUUAUAAAUUCUUUGAUUUAUUUCGAGUCUGAGACGGGCAUUAAUCAGUUAUAUGGAGCUGUCAAGUUCCCCACGAUGGAAUUUAUGAAUCGAACUGAUUUUCUGAAGUUCUUCAAUUCGGCCAUGAGGAAGGUUUUAAACGCCCGAUCGGAUGUGGAAGGAUAUGGAUUCGAUACGCCCUUAAGACAGGAUGUGCCUCAUCUUUUUAAGUCCCGGGGACGUUAUGAUGGAAGUACCUACAGAAUAAUUGACACCUUUGUGGAUUUUAUAAAUGGAACAUUUAAGGAGAUGCAUAUGCCACCGGAUGCCCUUGGAGGUCAGGUUAUCAAUAUGAAUGCCACCUUGCAAUUAGUAAGAGAACGUAAGAUGGAGUUUUGUGCCCAUGCCUAUGCCCUGUUCAUGCCCGAUGAUGAGCUGGAGAAGACCUAUCCCCUGCUGGUGGUGCAGUGGUGUUUGAUGGUGCCACUCUACAACAGUGUAUCCACAUUCCUCUACCCACUGCAGCCAUUUGCCUGGACAGUGUGGUUUUUUGCCCUGGGAGCUUUGUUGGCUCUGAUUCUCUUGGAGCUCAUGUGGCUGAGGGUUUUUUGAGAUUGGUCUGGAUACCAGAGCUCCAUUUUGGAUUCCUUUUGUUUUAUUAUCAAUGUUCCAACUGAGGGGCAACUCCAGAGGCCUUGUCUUCUACGAUUUCUUCUCCUGGCCACCGUUUUCUUUCACGGAUUCUUUUUGUCCGCGAAUUACACUUCGAAUCUGGGCAGCAUUCUGACCGUGAAUCUCUUUCAUGCUCAGAUAAACACCAUGGAUGACAUAAUCAGUGCCGAAUUGCCUGUCAUGAUUAUUGACUAUGAAAUGGAGUUUUUGUUGAAUCUGAAUAAGGAGUUGCCCGAGGAAUUCCUCAAGCUGCUGAGGCCGGUGGAUGCCGGUAUUUUUGCGGAGCAUCAGACCAAGUUUAAUAGCUCCUUUGCCUACUUUAUUACCGAGGACCACUGGCAGUUUCUCGACGAGCAACAAGCGCAUUUAAAGCAGCGACUCUUCAAGAUGAGCAGCAUUUGCUUCGGAUCCUAUCACUUGGCCUUUCCCCUUCAAAUGGACUCGUCUUUAUGGAGGGACAUUGAAUACUUUACAUUCCGCAUUCAUUCCUCGGGGCUGUUGAAUUUCUACGCCAGGAGCAGUUUUGCUUCUGCCCUCCAUGCCGGUUUGGUGGAGCGAUUCCAGGAGCGACAGGAGUACACAUCGGCUGGUUUUCAGCAUCUUGCUAUUGCCUUUAUUUACCUGUUGGUAAUGAGUGUCCUGGCUGGGAUAAUUUUUGUCCUGGAAGUACUUUCCAGGAAACGUAAUUACGAAUUGUAA